AUUACACGUCGUAAUAAGUAUUGAUUUUUCAUUAGACAGAUACAAGAGUUUCAUAGAAAUAUCUGUUGGUUUCGUAUAAAAAUUAAAAAAUGAGUUCUUUUCGACGUGACAAAAAGGAAGAAGAAGAUGGUGGGGCCAGUGUUUUUCAAAAUCUUGAUAAAACUACGUUAUUGCAAGAAUGUCGUUACUUUAAUUCUACUCCGGUUAAUCCUAGAAAAUGCAUCCAUAUUUUAACAAAAAUUAUUUUCUUGCUAAAUCAAGGAGAAAAACUUACUACUCAAGAAGCUACAGACAUUUUUUUUGCGACGACUAAAUUAUUUCAGUCGAAAGAUGUUGUAUUACGCCGCCUAGUUUACUUGUGCAUCAAAGAAUUAAGUUCUAUGGCGCAAGAUGUGAUAAUCGUAACAUCAUCUCUAACUAAAGACAUGACAGGAAAAGAGGAUUUGUAUAGAGCUGCUGCUAUCCGUGCACUUUGUAGCAUUACAGAUAGUAGUAUGUUACAAGCUAUAGAACGCUAUAUGAAACAGGCCAUAGUGGAUAAAAAUCCUGCUGUUAGUUCAGCUGCUCUUGUUUCUGCUCUACAUUUAUCUGCAACAGUUCCUGAUCUAGUUCGCCGUUGGGUCAAUGAUGCUCAGGAGGCUAUUAUGUCAGACAACAUUAUGGUUUCAUACCAUGCCCUGGCAGUAGUAGCGGGAGCCAGACGUAAUGACCGUUUAUCAACAGUGAAACUUGUUACAAAACUUGCACGUUCUCCUUUGCGUUCGCCAUAUGCAAUGUGUCUUUUAGUACGCCAUGCUGCCAAACUGGCUGAAGAAGAUCAAACUGAGUCAUCAGAGCAAUAUUUAGAAUUUAUUGAGUCAUGUUUACGUCACAAAUCAGAAAUUGUUGUUUAUGAAGCAGCUCAUGCCAUAGUUAAUCUGAGAAAAACAGCUAGAGAUCUAGCACAAGCUGUAAGUGUUUUACAAAUAUUUUGUGGAUCAUCAAAGGCUACUUUAAGGCUUGCUGGUGCCCGUACUUUAGCACAACUAACAGCAAAACAUCCAAAUGCUGUUGCUGCUUGUGCAGUUGACUUGGAAAAUUUAAUAUCAGAUCCUAAUCGUUCUGUAGCUACUCUAGCUGUUACAACUCUUCUUGCAACAGGAGCAGAAAGUUCAAUUGAUCGCUUAAUGAAGCAAAUCUCCAGCUUCAUGUCCGAAAUAUCUGAUGAAUUCAAAAUAGUGGUUGUUCGUGCGAUUAGGUGCCUCUGUUCCAAAUAUCCAAGGAAACAUCAAUCUCUUUCAACAUUUUUGGCUGGGAUGCUACGCGAGGAAGGUGGGGUUGAAUACAAGACAGCUAUAGCAGAUACUAUAAUUGCUUUAGUGGAAGAAAAUCCCGAUGCUAAAGAAUCAGGCUUGGCACAUCUUUGCGAAUUUAUCGAAGAUUGUGAGCAUACAUCUUUGGCAGUUCGAAUUUUACACGUUUUAGGGCGUGAGGGCCCUAAAGCUCGACAACCAUCACGAUAUAUCAGAUAUAUUUACAAUAGAGUUAUAUUAGAAUCUGGACCUGUUCGUGCAGCUGCUGUGUCUGCGGUUGCUCGGUUUGGAGCUACCCGUGAAGAAUUACUGCCGAAUAUCAGAGUUCUCUUAUCUCGAUGUCAAUUAGAUGAUGAAGACGAAGUUCGUGAUAGAGCAAUAUUUUACAGUGCCAUUUUGGAUUCCAAUGACAAACAACUUAUUGAUGAAUAUAUUAUAAAUGUGCCAAGUCAUGAUCCUAUUCUUUUAGAGAAAGCUCUCAGUGACCACAUUUUGAUACAACCUGAUGAGCCUUUUGACAUUUCAAAUGUACCGGCUUCAGAAGAACAAAAUGAAAAUGAACAUACACCCCCACAAGUCGAAAUUUCGACACAGCCAAUUGUGUCUCGUGAAGAAAUUUACUCCGAACAAUUGAAAAUGGUGCCUGGUAUUGAAAAACUUGGACCUCUUUUCAAAACUUGUGAGGCAAUUGACCUCACGGAACCAGAAACUGAAUAUCGUGUUCGCUGCGUGAAACAUAUAUUUACACGUCAUUUGAUAUUGCAAUUUGAAUGUUUGAAUACACUCAAUGAUCAAUUUCUGGAAAAAGUAUAUAUUCGUCUUGACGUUGCUCCUGGCUAUAAUAUGCUCGGAGAGGUUGCAUGUGAAAAAUUACCAUAUGAUGUACAAGGUAGCGUAUUUUGCGUGUUACAAUUUCCAACAAACCCUAUAGAAACUUUAGGGUCUAUUGGAGCUACUAUGGAGUUUGUAGUACGAGACUGUGAUUCAACAACAGGUUUGCCAGAUUCUGGAGAAGGCUAUGCUGAUACAUAUCCUUUAGAAGAGGUGGUAAUUGGUUGUGCUGAUCAAUUUCGCACGCGCGCUGCAACUGAUGAAUGGGAAGCUUCAUGGGAAAGGGCAACUACUGCACCAGAAGCUAGUGACACUUUUGGUUUAUCCAAAACCGACGUCAAUGAAGCUGCAAUAGCAGUUUGCGAGCAUUUAGGUCUACCAAAAUCAGCUAUUGCAACUAGCGAACAUUUAGGACUGACAAAAGAAGCAGGAGGAGAUGCUAUAAAAGAAAUCCGUGGUGGUGGUCUAUGGCGUGAAGGUACUCCAAUGUUGCUUCGAGCUCGAUUAGCAGCAUCCCAAGGUGCAGUUACAAUGCAACUUACCGUUCGUUCACCACGAGAAGAUAUCGCUACAUUGCUUUUGGCUGCAGUUAGUUAAAUUGUUUAAUUUAAAAAUCAUAAAAGCAUUUGAUCUAAUCAAAUAUCUACAUGAAAUUGAUGUUAUAUUAUAAGUUAUUUGUAAGAUUGAUGUUUUAAAAAAAUAUUCAGUGUACUAAAAAAACAUUAAAUGUCGUUGAUCUGGUUCCUCAAGCAUUGUUAAUUUCACAAAAUUUAUUUGGUUUUCUACAGGUUAGAGUUCUUCUAAUCAACAAUAUAUGUCAAUAGAUCAUUUUACAGAAUAGUAAAUAUUUGAAAAAGAAAUAGCUUGAGCAUCACUGAUGCUAGCUGAGCAGCACUAUCAAGAGGAUAGUGGUAGAUAGAUAGUAACAACUGGUUUUCUUUAAAUUUAUUUCAAUACUGUACAAUUGAAAUUGAUACGAACAAAAAUUAUCGUUAUUAAUUUAAUAGUAGUUGUAGUAGAAAGAAUCACCUAUAUAUAAACUUUUUAGAAUUUUUAUUGGAUUGCUAAUAACAAUCUUAUAUGUAGCUUGUUUAACAAUUGUCCCUUCUCAAAACGUUAGCUCAUUUGACUUAAAAAUUAAUCAAUAACAAGUCUUCACAAUUAUUACAGAUAACAAAAGAAAUGUUUCAUAUGAAAACCGAACAAAUUCAAUCGUUAUUUACAUUUACCCUGUUUUUGGAAGUAUAUAAUUAUUAAAGUACUGAGGUUUUGUUUGUUUAUUUACUAAAUGUCAAUAUUUGUGGAAGUAUCGUAAAUGUUGGUUAUGAAUAUACAGUUUCCGUAAAAUGUUCUUUCCUGUAUUGUGACUGUGUAUUAUAGUAUAAUAGUAGAAUAGUGUGAUUAUGUCUUAUAUAUAAUAUACAGUCUUCGAUAAAACCUAUAACAUUUUACAUUCAUAGAAAUAUUACUUAUAUUUGGAAGUUAUUGCAACAAAUACAAUAAUGUAUAUUUAUUUACAUUAUAAAAUUAAUUUGAAGUCUAUAAGAAAAAUUUGAUGUCUAAAGAAAUUUUAAUGUCUAAAAAAAUUUGAUGUAUACAGAAAUUUCGAUGUCUAUAAAGAA